AUGAGCGUCAAGUUUCUGGUAACGGCGGCCAGCAUCGGCAGCGGAUUGGCCAUCGUCGGCUGUCUUUUCGCCGUCGGAUUCCUCUUCAACGACAUCAACCAGCUCUACGACAACGUCAUGGACGACAUGCAGGAGUUCAGAGUGAGUCCUCUUGAGCAGUCAUUCAAGAAUUAUCCCUUUCUAGGACGUCGCCAACAACGCCUGGCACGACAUGAUCCCCGUCACGAGACCGGCCAUCAACGUCCACGCUCGCGAGCAAAUCUUCGGUCGCAGCAAACGCCAAGCCGGACAGUGCAACUGCGGAGCUCAGCCCAACAACUGCCCGGCUGGACCGGCAGGACCUCCAGGACAGCCUGGAGCCCCAGGAGAAGACGGACAUCCGGGAGAGGCCGGCAAGGCCGGAAUCGCUGGAGUCGCCAUCACCAGCUCUGAGGGAGGAAGCGGCUGCAUCAAGUGCCCGGCCGGAGAGCCUGGACCAGCUGGACCCGACGGACAACCAGGAGCUCCAGGACCUGACGGACAGCCAGGAGCCCCAGGAAACGCCGGCCAAGACGGACCCGCCGGACCAGCAGGACCCGCCGGAGACGCCGGUGCUCCAGGACAAAACGGAGCUGAUGGACAGCCAGGAGCGCCUGGAAAGGACGGUCAACGCGGCAGCGGAGCUCCAGGACCAGCCGGACCAGCUGGACCAGCAGGACCUGCCGGACAGCCAGGAGCCAAGGGACAAGACGCGGCUCCAGGACAACAAGGACCAGCCGGACCAGCUGGAGCUCCAGGAGGCCCAGGAAACGCCGGUUCCGACGGACAGCCAGGAAGCGCCGGAGCUGCCGGUCAGCCAGGAGGUGAUGCUGGUGAGUCAAACUUGUGAUAUUUCGGAAGAUGAUUGAUCAUUUUUCAGCCUACUGCCCAUGCCCAGCUCGCUCUGCAGCCGUUGAGAGCGGAAAGCAAUCCAGCGGAUACAGACGCCGCUUCUCCAAGGUCGCUUAA